GUCCGCUCUAUCGGACGAUCGGGCCCGACGCCCGAUGAGGCCUCUCACAGGGUUUCAGCCUCAUUAGGCUUGAAACCAAAUAGUGUGAAAGGCGCUGCACAGCCCCUCACUAGUCUGUAUGAUUGAUAAAGACCCCAGGCUGUGAACACAUUGCAUUAACCCAGAAAUGACAGAAGCAGGUUGGUCUCAGAUUAUCAGAGCCUGAUUACCUUUCUAAUUUUCAUCUCCCACGAUCAUUGUAACCAUAACUAUGGCAUUUGAGCAGUUACCUAAUGAGAUUCUGAAAAUGGUCGUCCCACACACCAUGCCAGAAGGAUUUGAGAGCCUCGCCUUGUCUUGCAAACAUAUGCAUGCACUUUGCACCCCAUUCAUCACGCACCACAAGAAACUGCACUAUCAUUUCCACGAUUUCCACUACUACAAGACAGACCCAGUGUCGAAAGGUCCAUGCUUUCUGGUCCCAGAUCUCCCUUACUACACAGCCACCUCAGCCUUCACCUUGCUCGGGCUCAUCGCCGUUGAGCCGGCUGCAGCCCACUAUAUUCAAAUCGCGGACUUUAGGAAAGACAGUGUAUGUACUCAGUGUAUACUCCGUGAACUGGCGACAAAGCCUGAUCGUGAUGACGCUAUCAUUGCACUGCUCGCCAAUUCUCCCUAUCUAAGGGAAGCAGGGCUCGACUGGAAAGAAUACUGGGCAGCGAUAAAGGAGGACCUCAAUGAGGCUCGGUACUCGCAGCAUGCUGCCGUUUUCAUCCUCACGCUCCUGCCCAAUGUGAAGAAGAUAACGCUGCCGGGUUUUUGGAAGCCGGUCCCCGCAACCGACAAGCUCCUUAAUCUUGUUAUUCGCAACACAAGACACCAGUGUCUCCAUAUUGACAGACCCAGUCUUGUCCAAGUUACUAAACUGAAGGGACGGCCUUUCCGGCGUGUGCGUAAUACCCUGCUGCCGCUACUCGAUAUGUCCUGGGCAAUUCCUUUCCUGGCCCUGCCGCACGUCCGUUGUUUCUCGCUUCGACCUUGUGUGGGCACGGGUAGACAACGGAAUACUCAGUCUGAAUAUCUAGACAGUGACUUCAAUGCAUCGUUGGAAAGGGUUAAGAUGGACAAUGCUUCUGUUGACGCAGCGGCCAUUGCGCAGUUUCUUAAAAGCACACGACGCCUGAAACAACUGUCGUACUGGAAUACUAGAUAUACUAACAACGCCCAAGACUGGGAUCUAUGCCAGUUUAUCACGGCAAUCGAGCACGCAGUUGGAAGUCACCUCGAGGAGCUUUCCAUCUGCACUGAGGGGCUAUACGGCGCAAUCCUUCCUGGAAAGGCAUCACUGCGCGGCUUUCAGACUGUGCGAAGACUUCAGCUUCCCCUCGACGUUGUACUGUGCAAUCCUGCUCUAGCAUUGGAGAGCAACGAUCCAGAUUAUCUCAACUCUGUUCUUACUGAUAUCAUACCCGCCUCGGUCUCUCAGCUUUCUUUAUUCUCAGAUGGAAAGGGCAACCAGUACAAGGCUAUCAAGAACCUAUUCUAUGAUUUCGCCGCCAAGAAGUGCUCCGAUACGCCUGCUCUUGAAGAGAUCCACCUAUCCUGUCCCUCGGACGCAGAGAGUCAAUACAAGGAGCAAUGUGACAAGCUGGCUGUCGAAGCGGUGAAAGUGGGUGUGGCUUUGCAUCUACGGGAAAAUACGUAUUGGUCCUGCUCGGACUUGGUGCCGGUACCAGAUGAUGAUGAUGAAUAUUAUGAAGAUGAUCACUGAUAUUUAUAUCGAGAUUUUGGGUGUAUUAUUCGAAUUACUAAUAUUAUAUACCCCAUCAAUUGCAAAAUAGCAGAGCAGUUACAACCAGCAUGUCGUAACAGCAUGUAAUAACUGAGAAACAC